AUGGGCCUUUUCAAGUCGGCCAACUCCCCUGCACCUAGCGCCACGAGCCGUUCCAUGACGGGCCAGUCCAUUCGUGGCAAAAUAUCAGGCCCAAUCCCCAUCCCGAAUCCCAUCGACGACGAAUUUCCCAUGCGCAACCCGGGCACCGGCAUUGCUACGCCGGUAACUGAAGGCAACAUGAGAGAGCAGAUGAUGAAUCCUCCCCCGGCCGAGCCCGUGGUUGGAUCAAUUGUUGCGACUCCCCAGCCCGAGGUCUCACAGCCGCCGAGGACCGAGUCCGUUGUUGUCCCUCCGGGAACCGGCUCAACUUCUGGCUCGUCUCCAACCGCCGCAUCCCACGCCAACUCCCACUCCAAUUCUCCUCAGUCGCAAAGAAGAACGAAUGUGUCCAGCAAUCUGAGAUACUCUACGGUCAGUGCUGCGUCCGAACAGACCGGUGCGAGCAAGGAAAGACCUCAGCGCAAAAAGUCAACUUUGCGCGGCGCAUUGGGGAAGCUUUUUGGUCGCAAAAAGAAGGGCAGCCAGGGCUCGUACGACUCGCAGCGCAUGUCGACCUACAACCCCACGAACCAAAACCAAAACCAACACAAGAGCGACCCUUCCGCUUUAACCCGAACCAAGGAGUCCGAACCCAAGCGAUCGGCGUCCUUGCCGAUCACCGAGUACGACAGAGCGUUAAGGUCUCACUCUAUCGGUCCCCAGGAUAUCACGGCUAUUGAGAGCGCGCGAAAUUCGAUCACAGUCGACCCAUCGCAGUUGCAAACAAGCCGUAAACGUGCGGCUACGUCUACAAUAAGCCAAAUUUACUCCGCUCCGUUUAGGCGUGAUGGCGAGCUGGCAGGUCUGUCGCCUCGUCCAGCGAGCACCCACGUUCGUGGAAGCCGACUAUUCCACUCCGACGACGAGGACCCUGAGGAAAUCGGCCGCGCAAUUACGAGCGACGUUGGCCACAAGCGACGAUCCAGAAGUCUGAGCGGAAUCAACAACCCCGAAGCAAGGGCUCACGUUCGCAGACGCAGCGAUGAGAUCCAGUAUUGGAGACAGAGUUACGAUCCGGCCUUCUACACGUCACCAGCGACGACCAAUCCUCCUGAUGACGAGAACCAAUUUGCAGGACUUGCACCAAUGGACAUGCCCGAAUCCCCAGUUUCCCCUAUAGAGCAAGCACAAACCCCCAUGCGCACUCCCCCUCAACCGUUCUCUUUCGGCAACUUGACUCACAUGAACGUCAUGGCGGGCAUGAAGAUCACACAAGCAGCCAGUAUUGAGACUCGGAUCGAGACUUUGGAGAGCAGGAUGCAGCGUAUGGAAGACGUUGUCACUCAACUGUGCAACUCGGUUCCUGGGUUCCAGGUCCAGAUGACCCAGCCAGGUCGACCUGCGCCGCCUGUGCCUCCCUCGCAAUCGAGCACUGCUGUGAAUCCCACGCUUCAGCAGGUCGCGCGCCAAAGUGCUCCGAGCUCGAGGUACAGCAACUCGGCACAAUCAAACACCUCUUUUGGCGAAGCUCCUACGUACGUCGGUUCUCUGCACGUUCACACCGGCAUGAACCGGCCAACCUCCAAUGCGACUAUUCGCGGCGUAACCAGUUUGCCUGCUAUGCCUCGCGCUGAGGCCGGCCGGCCCACCGACACCUUUACGGCGGAUCAUUACACGAUGCUCCUCGCGCUUCUCGAGACCGAAAGGUCUUCUAGACAGGCCCUUGAAUCUCAGGUGAAGAAGCUCACGAGGCGCAUCAACAUGAUUUCGGGACCGACCGGCAGUGGCCGCAUGUCUCUGCAGAUGGAGCCCCCGCCGACGGCCAAGUCAUUCGGCAGCGUAUCGGCUUUCGAUCAUGACUCAUCUGACGACGAAGAUGCCGCCGCAAGGAACCGCCGUUUCUUGGCUGAAGAUUCGGGCGUUGGCACUGGUGUCGGAGACGAUGACUCGUACUCGGAGGUCUUUGCCACCCCGAAGGAGGAGCAGUCGCACGGCUACGGCGCCUUCGGGGAGGAUUUGCUCGACGAGGAUGAUGAUCCUGCGCGUAAGAAGGCAGCCAGGACGUUGUCCCUCAGCCAGAUGACGCUGGGCAAGAAGGCGUCGAGAACGGGAGUACGAAGUUGA